AUGUACAUAACUAUGGUAGAAGAUAAACCUAUUUCUUAUCAGGAGAGCGCCACAGAAUACAAUACACUAGCCAGUAGUAAAAUGGAUCCAAUAUACUCUGGUGAACAUUGUGAAGCUUCUUCUGAAUACGUUACUGCAAUUUACUCGUACAUGCCCCAGCAUUCAGACGAAAUAAAUCUACGAACGGGUCAAAAAAUUAAGAUUUUGUCCAAAGACUGUCGACAUUCUGGAGCUGAAGGAUGGUGGGUUGGCCAAGAACCAAAAACAGGUUAUGUUGGUGUGUUUCCUAGUGGAUAUGUUUUAAAUGCAGAUGACAUUGCAAACAGUGAAUCUUCAGGAGCGAAUGAAAUGAAAGCUAAUUCUUUUGAACCAAAUAAAUGGAAUGAUGUCACAUUUGGGAUAGGUAACAAUACGGACAAAACUAUAACUGUAAAAACAAAGGAAGAGAUAUCUCUCGACAAAAAGUUACCCGACAGUGACGUAAUCCUUAGACACAGUCAUGUUAGAACGAUUCCUGCUACUGAGUUAGUGCAACAACAGUUUAUUGGCUCAGGAGCAUUUGGAAAAGUUUAUCGAGGUCUUUGGCGUGAACAGGAUAUUGCACUAAAAGUAUUUGAUCUAGCUACAAAUCAGGUAGACAAUGAAGCCUUGCAUUUGUGUAGAUUAUCUCAUCGGAACAUUGUGAGAUUUUAUGGGAUCUGCAGGUUAGACAGCUCUAAUUUCCCAGCACUUGUAAUGGAAUAUGCUUAUGGUGGUUCUCUGAACAUGGUUCUCAAUCAACGACCUUUAUUAGGUCCCCUUGUUCUACUUGAUUGGGCAUUACAGAUCGCUAGUGGAAUGGCAUAUUUACAUACAGAUGCCAGAAUUUGUCAUCGAGAUUUAAAAUCAUCUAACAUUCUUAUCAGAGAAGCUAUUCAAAAACCAUUUUCUCUAAAUGAACUUCAAAGGUGUACCCUAUUGAUAACUGAUUUCGGAAUGGCUUGUCGUUCUAGUCAACUAGCACCACAACAGUCUAAACUAGGCACUGUUGCAUAUGCAGCUCCAGAAGUUUGUCGUCAAGAGGGAUUUUCUUUUAAAUCGGAUAUUUGGUCAUAUGGUGUUGUGUUAUGGGAGUUGCUUACAUUAGAUAUACCAUUUCGCGCAAUGGAGCAACCUAGAUUAUUGUUUAUUAUUGCAAUGUAUAAUUAUACCCUGUACAUACCACCAGGCGUUCCAGAUCUCUUUGUCCAAUUACUUAAAGAUUGCUGGUCACCUACUCCUGUUAGUAGACCUAAAUUUGAAAAUAUUAUGGCUCGACUUAAAUCAUGCAAAGAUUGCAGUUUUGUAGAUUUAGAACCUAGUGAAUUAGCUCAAAUUCAACAGGAUUGGCGUGAACUUAUAGCAGUCCACUAUAAAGAAGAACAACAAACCGUAGCUGAAGCACUAUCAUCAUCGUUCAAAAGUGGAAGUUUAGAUUUUUCAACAGAACUUUUAACACAGCUGGAAAUGUUACGUGAUUAUCGCGAAUCACUGGAUAGGGUCAGAGCAGAUCUAGUAGAAAAAGCUCAUCAACUUCAUAUAAAAGAGGAAUUGUAUAAUCGAGUGGCUGACACAAUGGGUCAACAUUUUAUGUUUUUGGCUGUACUGGCUGCUAAUCAUUUUAAAGAUCCUACUCAUAAAAUUCAAACUGCUCAACCCAAACCUCCUCCACCUAGAAAACGUCCGUUUGUUCGUAGUAUUUUUAAGCGAUGGGGAACUAAUGGUAAUCCAUGUUCUACACAUAAUGACUACGUUAAUUCAGCUACUUCGUCCACUAAUAAUUUCCAAGUAAAGGAUCUUAAACGGUCAAUUAAUUCUUCACAAUAUACUUCUAAUAAUCGUUCACAUUUGAAUGUAAAUACAAAUAAUUCUUCAGAUUUGAAUAAUUCUUUUUGUGAUGAAACUCAAUCGAUUUCACGUGACACAUCCAGUCGAGUUGGUUGUAGUCAAGGUGGAAUACCUUUAAUUUCACCUCCCACAGAUAUGAAACAUGUGGUUCAUGUGGACUCAGAUUGGUUUACUGGUCAAGGAUUAUGCGAGUCAACGAUGCGGUUAUUUCCUUCUGCUAAAAUCACAAGCUCUUCACUGGGUUCAAAUACUGACAAAUAUCGUAAUAUGUCACCAGGUCAUUGUUACAGUCCUCAAAUAAGAACGUUUGUGAGCACUAAGUCGGAUAGUAAUAUGACAGAUAAAUCUAAUCCGAAGUCACCACGUAUUUAUUCUAGUGGAAAUAAUAUUACAGAUCUUCGAUCACGUGAACAGCGUUUUGUUGAUGUCCAAACAAACUCACAAAGAAAUUUGAAUCGGUUGCCUAGGAAACAAAAUUUUAUUCGGAAAUUUGAAAGUAAAAACAAUUUAGAUUUCCUACAAAAGUCAAGUAAUCACUCAGUUGGGUUUAGUAAUUUUUUCACGCCGAUUAACUCCUGUUGCUAUGAUACGAAUAAUGACUUACAUCGUAGUGAACAUUCUCAGAGUGGAUAUCAUCACUGUAGACCCAUAAAACCCAUCAUAGGAAUUGAUAAUCGUAUGCGUAAUAAUAAUAGUCCACCGUUUUUUGAAAGACGCCGUUCAGCUUCUGGACCGGUUACCUUUUUUACUCGGUAUCCUAAAAUCAACGAUCAGCUCAAGAGUAAUCCUGAUGAAAGUUUACUCGAAGGGAAACUUAACGAAUUACUUUGUAUUAUUUGUGACCCUUCUAUGCCGUUACUAACAUCUGGUUGUACUCAACAUUAUUAUGGAAGAUCUCUGUCUACUACAACACCUCCUACUGCUUGUUUUAGCUCAGAUAUUACUGAAAGCUCUUAUUUCUUGAACCCCACUGGAAAUUCAACUGUUGAAAAUGUGUUGUUGUCAGCAUUUCGUCUUCUAGCUUCCUUUUGUUUUUGGGGUGUUGAACCUGAUAUUGAUGACAGGAAAGCGAAUUCGUUAAUUCCUCUCUAUUCUACACCACGUUCGUCCCAUAAUUUUGGAAAGAUUUAUCCUGUUUCAUAUUAUACCUCACAAUCGAGUCAGAGUUAUAGUAGACAGAAGAAUUCAGUGAGAAAUGCUGCUAACUCAUCACUAUUAUUCGGACACAGCGAAUCUGAUUUUCAGCAUGUUUUCUCAAGUAAUUCAGUCUGUCCUAUUGAAAAGCGCAAGUAUAAAUUUUCAAUUCAAAACACACGACGUAUACAGAGCGCUGAUCGUCGUCGCAAUUAUAAAUAUAAUACUUCUUUAAAAUGUCCUGUUUGUGUAAAUAUGGGCCUUGACUUUAUCCAUCCAUGUGAAAAGUUUCCAGAUCAUCAAGUUGAAUUCGGGGACCCACAUUCACCAUUUCUCGGUAUGCUGGCAGGAAGUGGAAGACGACCUAAUCCAUCUCCAAAUAUGAAGGAAAUAAAUCAUUCCAAUUUUCCAAUCAUCCCAUCAAAUGAAAUGAUUUCAAGUGAUAAGCGAGAAAACUAUUUCACUUUUCAACAUGAUAAUUUUUUGAAAGAUAUCAAUCAAAAAAUAGGUGGGCAACAACAGUGUAAGCAAAACAAGCGCAGUGAUAAUAGUAACAAUAAUUCCCAGCAAUAUACUCAUUGUAGUUUAUGUAAUAAUAAUCAAAUGGAAAUAGUUGAGAAAAAUGAAUCCACAGGUAACUUAAAUAAUGCAUUUUACUGUCCUCAUCUUUCUGUUUGCAUUGACUAUUGUCAAAAUAACACACGAAAUAAUGACAUAGAUGUAGCCACUAUUAAGACAACAUUGCCAUACAUACCAUCUUCACAUUUAGCACAAAGGUGGUCAUUUGAGCAUAGUAAAGAGUUACAUAAAGAUAUAUGCUCUUCAUUCUGUUCGUUUUUAUCUUGCCGAAAAUUGUCAAUUGAUUGUCAGUCGAGUAUGAUUUCGGAUUGUUUAAGGUCAGUAGAUAAACAUUCAGUAUCUGAGUCUUCUGGUCAUUCAAUCGAAAGAAAUUCUACUAAUCAGUUUUCUCAUUCUCUCGUAUCAAUGAAUCCUGUUGGUAUGUCACGUGAUGCGUACUUAAAGGCAACACAAGACGGCUUUCUUAAUCGGACCAUUUAUGAACCAUCUGAAGAUCCUGAAUUUUGUUAUUCCCCCUAUUCAAAUCAGACAUCUCAAUCUAAUUCUCUCCAACGUUCCAGCGAUAAUCAAUCUUUUUCUAAUUCUGGUGUUUAUCCAAAUAUUCAUGCAUUGUUCAUUGAGAACGACUCAAAAUCUGAAUCUGGAUCAGAGUUUGAAAGUUACGAUGAUGCAAAUGAGUUAGAUUAUCCCAAUUUUAUUUUACACUCCUCUUCUUCACCUCCAAAACACUCUCAACAGCCCCAAAACUUUUAUUCACCUUCAAAAAUACAUUUAAAUGAUUCAGAUAAGCCCCCAGAAAAUAAUGACUACUCCCACAAUCUUAAUGUUAAUAUUGAUACCUGUCGAGAAGAUUAUGAUCGUGUAACUCUUGUGCCAGUUGAAUCCGGGGAACUAAGUAACGUAAUUCAACCAUAUUCAGAUAAUGAGGGAAAAGGAGAGGACUGCAGUUAAUUGGUCUCUACUAACACGUGCAUCCUGAAUAAAUUGCCUCGAUAUUGUCAUGUAGCCACAAUUUUUGUUAAUGAUGGAUUAUGAUUAACAGGUUUUUUUAGUUAAUGUUUACACGUGAUGGAAGAUUAUUUGUUUGUUUUGACCUUUUGAAUAAUAAUUUUUUUCUCUCCUUAUUAUUUUUAAAAUCAAUUAUGCUUAAAAGCAUAAGGGGAGACAUCGUCUAACAUGGCGAUCCUCUGCACCAAAACAACAAUGUACUCAAAUAGACCAUAUUGCCAUCAGUCAUCGUUGGAGAUGGUCUAUAGAAAAUUGCCGCUCAGUCUGGAAUACCUGUUUGGACUCCGACCAUGUGCUUGCGCCUCACUGGACGCAGGAAAAACAUUAAGAAAACCUAUUAGAGUCGAAUUCAGUGACGAGGAAACCAAAAGUAGAUUCCAGGAACAACUGAGGUCACACUUAGGUUGUU